UAUUUUUUUAUUACCUUUGUCAAUUACGAAUUUGAAUUUUUCAUAUGAUCUACAGAUAUUUGUAAUAUACCUCAAACUUUUUAUUAGUGCUUCGAUUUUAAUAUAGUCAAAGUGCCGUAAAUUCAUUUCGAGUAUUUUACAUCCUUAGAUUAUUAUUUCGAUAUGUAGGUAAACUUUUCUUUUCUUUUUUCAAAUCACAUUGUUUACACUUUGGCAUAAAUUAAUUUGAUUUUGUAUAAUAGGAAAGGUGAGAACAAUGAUUUAUAGAUCGCACUGCGAUUAUUAUUCUUAAUUGACCAUGUUAAAAAAAUUACUAAUAGUAUGAAUUCCAAAAUAUCGGUUUUCUACAGUAUUUAUUAAUUUUUUUUUGUUGAUCAUGUUAAUUUAUUGGUCUAUUAAAUUUCCUUAAUUGAUAUUUUCAAGCGAUAGUGAUAUCAUUUGAUAAAAUGUAUCAUCCAAACGUCAAAGCAUGUUAUUCAUUUUCAGAGAUUUCAAUGAGAGUACAUGCCCCAUUGCAUGUGUUUCUGUUACUCGAAAGCUUACGCCUUACGCUAAUGUGAACGAUCCUAGGGAUACUUUGUGAUUUUAAUCAACAUUUUUCUCAUAAUAAACGCCUUUUUUUCUUUGAAUAUUUUUAGUAACUUCUACCGUUAUCUGUUUCUUUGUUUCAUUAUACAAUAGGUUUGAGAUAUGUUGUAAUGUAGUAUGUACUUCGUUGUAAUAAUAGUUUCAAACGUUCCGUUAUAUCCAGUCGACCGGUGUUCUCUAAGAAACCGAACAAUAAAAGGAUUUUGAGAAAACCCUUCUUUCAAUAACAUCGAGAACAAUUUAUAUCAUUUAAAAAAGAUAUAUUGAUAUUUUUUAUAUCAUUCUAAUUAUCUGAAAGAUCAAUCUGAAUCAAAAAAAGAAAAGCAUCUUAUAUUUAAGAAAUUUAUAUUAUUAAUAACUUUCUAUAUGAUCCUUUACUCUUUCAUACACUUUCCAUGCUAUUGCAUGAGAUUUGUGAAAAAUAUAUACACCGUAAGUGAAAACAGAUAACAUAAGACUGGUUAUGAGGCACUUAAAAAAUUGCCGUUACGCAAAUGAGAAAGAAAAAGAAAGACAACAUUCCAAUCAUCAAGUUUCUGCUGUUCAGCAGUUAUUAACAAUUCCGCGCUCGAUCAAUCGUCCUUCGAGAUACUGAGAACUGUUCGUGCAAUGAACGUAAUGAAUACGAACAUUGAUCGUUUCCAUAACGUUAAUAUAACACGCAAAGAUUUAUUUUAAAAUCCUAUGUAAUGCAAGCAUAAAUAACAGAUAUAGCAUAUAGUUUACAGUUUGACGCUUCAUUUAUGAAUUCUACAUAAUUUAUCUAGUUCCGAUCGAAGAAUGCACUAUCCGUUAGUCAUAAUCUCUAUGUACUUACUAAUCUACCAAGACAAAAAUCACACACAUUGUGUGACGAUACUUUGGGCACGAAAAAUGUUUAAUACCAGAGACGUCGGCAAUGGCAAUGAAACAGACGCUACACGAGUUCUUUCAGGUCGUCAGUUAUAUGUUAUAUAUACAUGCAUACAUACACCGUUAAACGAGAUGCUGCGAUUCUUUCCUCUCUUCUGCACAUGACACCAUCUUACGCAAUAUAAAUAAUAUGCAUGCGAACAUAACUGAUUGACGAAUCUUCUGACAGUGAUUAUUACGGAAAAUGAGUUCAGAAGCUUGGGAAUUGGAAAGACGGUACUCAGUACCAGGAGCUUUGGAUACCAGAGGACUCGAACCUCCAGCUAGCGAAGAUUUGCACGCGUGGUCUAUAUACAGACAAAACCUUAAUUCUGAUUUCACGGACUCAGCACUAGGUUCGGCCGAAAAAUCACCGUUGCCGUACGGUAACUUUCAACUUCGAGAUUCAACGGUACAGAGUAUACUAAGACAUCCGAGAUAUGGUCCAAAGAGUCCACUUGCCAAUAACUCAUAUACCUAUCUGAAAUUUGGUCUACCGCGUGUACUACCACCAACUUCGCGCAAUCGUGAUGGUUCUAGCGGUUAUGACUCUAGCGAAGAAGGUCGACGUAUGUCGCAAGUUGGUGCAGCAUCUGCACCAGGUAUUUCGGCAAUGCGUUCUGCCAGAAGUGAUCCAGAUUUUAGACACGUACACGCUUUACCUAGAGAACAAGCGCACUCCCAACUCACGGUAACUAGGGAUAAUUCACGUUUUAGAAGCGUCAGCGAAGCAAAUUUGCUUCAAAAUGUUGUUACGACUAAUCGACGACACAGUAUUGCACCAAUCGAUCCCGGUUAUGCAGGACCUAGUCACAAUAUCUUAAGACCUGAAGAUUAUACAAUGUCAUUGAGAGCUGUAGCUUGCAUUCAGCAUCCACAUUUACAACUUCGCGGUGUAGAGACUAUAGGCUCAGAUGGUCUACCAUUACUUCGCGGUAUUAAUUUGGAAGUUGGAGCAACUGAAGUAUUAGCUAUAAUGGCCACUACCGAAAAAGAAGGGACACAAAUUGUAGAGACAAUCGCUGGCAAAAAAGUUAUCAAGAAAGGUGAUAUUCUUUUGAAUGGCCGAUCCGUAUCCGCUCGUAUUUUGAGAUCUCGCGUUGCUUACUUACCAACGGAGUGUGGACUAACUCCUGGUCUGACGACGCAACAAACUUUAAAUUUCUACAUGUUGUUAAAAGGAGGAAUUAAUAUUACGACACUAGAAGCCGAGACAAUACUCUUGGAGCUUGGAUUGGAAGCAACUAAACACUGUCUUGUGAAUACAUUAACGACGUCCGAGGCACGCAGAUUAGCCCUAGCUUGUCGUCUUUUGCAAGAUUCGCAUAUUCUUACAUUAGACAGACCUACGCAUGGCUUGGAUAUUUUCGAUGCUUUCUUCUUGGUAGAAUAUUUAAGACAAUGGGCUGGAAGAGAGCAAAGAGUUGUUAUUUUAACAUUGCACCCACCAACUUAUGAAAUAUUAACAAUGAUAUCCAGAGUUACCCUCACUUCGGGAGGUAGAAUUAUGUAUUCUGGACUUAGAAGAGAUAUGUUGCCAUAUUUUGCACUUGCCGAGUUUCCCUGUCCUUCCUUCAAAAAUCCAUCAGAUUAUUAUCUUGAUUUGGUAACUUUGGACGAUCUAUCGGCAGAAGCUAUGUUAGAAUCCUCACAAAGAAUAGACCAUUUAGCAGAAUUAGCUAGAACGAGAUUACCAGCUUUAAGCGAUCCUGGACCACCUUGUCCACUGCCGCCAGCUAUUUCCAGUGCUAAUGUAUUUGUACAUAUUUAUGCUCUGUUAUUGAGGAUUCUUAUCUACAGUCAACCUCUAACAAUGACAAAAAUGCUUCAGAAGAUUGUUAUUUCAGCAUCUCUCAGUAUUUUAUUGGGUGCAAUAUUUUGGAACGUUGCUAGAGAUUCUAAUCUAUAUCUGAGAGAUAGAAUAGGAUUUCAUUAUGCCAGUUUGGGUAUUUUUUGCUGGCCUCUUAGUAUUUUAGCUAUACGUGAAGUCGCUAAUUGUAGACCAAAUGUAGAAAGGGAUAUCAGAGAUGGACUUUAUGGAAGAUUUAUCUAUAUCUUUAUAGAACUGUGUUGUGGUUUACCAAUUUGGUGUCUAGUAUAUUUAGUAUACUUAGCGCCAGCAUUCGCGAUGUGUGGAUUACAUCUAGUACCUGAUGAAAAUUUAACAUCCUUGUGGAAUUACCUUGCUAUUGGUUUAUUAUAUCUGAUGCUACAGCAUUUAAUAUGCAUACUUUUUGCUCAUAUAUGCAGAUGGACAUAUCUAGCAGCUUUAUGUUCUGCUAUUAUAAUUGGUGAAUUAAGUUUGGCUGCUGGAGUGACGUUACACUUAGAAAAUUUACCAUCGUGGUAUAGACAAAUUAGUCCCAUGCGAUGGGCACUAUCUUUAUUACUUCCCCCUCUUCAUGGUCCAGAAAGUAUGAGCAAAUUAACUAAUUGUAAACCUAAGCAAGUACUACGUCAAGAUAUCAUUUUUCAAAAUACGUGUGAACCAUCGGAUGGUAGUUUAGCAUUGCUUGAAAUAGCAUUUGAUAAAUUUGAUCUACAAAUAGAAUUAUGGAUGGGUGUAGGAGUAGCUAUACUUAUUGUACUUAUUAUGUUGGCAUUUUUAAGUAUUAAGUAUAAUGCUUUAAAACGACCUCGAAGUGCACCGAAUAAACCUUAAAAGACAUUAAUCAUGUAUCAAAUGGUACCAAUGAUUUACUUAAUUGUCAUUUACCUCGGUGUAUUCUCUUAAAAAUGACAGAUCUUGACAGAAAGUAUCAAUGAAAUAAAAUUCUGUUGUACGAUACAAUAUAUAAAAUGUAACAAGACACAAGCUUGCUACAAUUGUAAUUAUGACCAAAUAUGGUUAAAAAAAUACGCUUAAUGAUUUAUAUUUUUAAGUUUAUAAUCACAUUAAUAAACUAUUAAAUUGUUUUUAUGAAAUAAAAAAAAUAUUUAGUAUGUAUAAUUUGAGCCAUGUAGUGUAUCUAAAAAUUACUAGUUUUAUCCAAACAAAAAAGAGUUUACAAGUAAAAUAAUUCAAUUCUACAAUACAUAUUAUGUAUUAGGAUAAUUGAAAUGUCGUUUUUGAAUUCAUUUCAUUCCAAAUAAACGAAAUGUUACUAAAAUAGAGCAAAAACACGAUGCUAA